AUGCCUUCGCCGGUCGCUGCGCCUCCCAAUCCUAGUUUUCCACAGCGCACACUCGACGGCUUGCAGCAACACCUCAACUUCUUUCGCAUCCACAUCAUCUUUUUCACAUUCACCCCUCUCAUAUUCUCUGCAAUCUUAUAUGCGAGCAAUGGUCAAUACCCUAUCAGCUACAUAGAUGCUUUGUUCAACUCAGUCAGCGCCAUGACGGUCUGCGGGCUGGCGACAGUUAACUUGUCGAGUCUGACGGGCUGGCAGCAAGCAAUUCUAUUUAUACAGAUGUGUUUGGGGAGCCCAGUUCUGGUAGCCUGGGUGGUGGUGUAUAUCAGGAGACGCAUGUUCAGAACACGGUGUGAAAACAUCGUGGCGGCUGCGGCUCGUAGGGACACGUUGUCCGCCCUUGACACGCAGGUUGAGUCUCCCAAGACUUGGCGUUCCCGCAUAUCGACUCUCCUGCGUCGUGGUUCCAGACUUUCUGACGUUGAAGAGAAGACGGACGAAGAGGACACCCGAAAGGGGGGAGGAAACGAGUCUCGAAAGCUGCGUCCAGACAUGAUACGGCGGAUGGACGAUGCACCAAAGCUGGUGAACCCAAGCGGCUGGAUAAGCGAAGGCCGCUCGGACCCAAUGAAUGCUGUUGCAGAAGAUGGCUCUCAGCCGCCAGCAGAGCCAACACGACAGUUGGCCUUCGCAGAAGAUCCCAAACGUCGUAGUCGAGACCUUUCAGUAUCAAGCACCUCAUCAUCAUCUGAACCCUCUGCUACUGAUGAGCAAGAAUCAGGAGGCCCAUCUGUUCCCCGUACCCAGACCAUUGAAUUCGCUCCUCCACCUCGUAAAUCUCGCCUUGGAUCUAACGAUCGAAGCAAAAUCGAUCACCAUUCCGUUAUGCCUGACAUGAUCGCAGUGAGAGCAGCUUCUUUGAUUGUUCCGCUCAGAUUCUCAUUAAGCCUUGGCACAGGGCCUGGAGCCUUUGGACGAUCUUCAUCAAUCGGCCGCACGGGAACGACCCAUACGUAUCAGUCAGGCCCUCAGCGCGCGAGUGAUGGGGACUUUGGUGGCUUUCCAUGGCCACAUGAGAUCAUUUCCAGCUUGAUCAAGCGCUUCUUCCCUGGCCUAAAGCGCCAGUUGACUCGUACCGUGACUAUGCCACGAACUACUACCAUCACCUCCCACCAUUUUCAUGAGCCGGUGUCGACACUAGCCAAGGUCGUCCCAUACAUCACCUUUGAUGCAGUCGUAGGGCGAAAUUCUGAGUUUCGAUCUUUAACCAACGAGCAGCUUGAAGAACUUGGCGGAGUUGAGUAUCGUGCUCUUACCGCUUUGCUUUGGAUUGUUGGCGGAUACCAUAUUCUAGUGCAGAUGUUGGCGUUCACAAUCAUUGGGCCUUACAUGUCAAUAGCAAGAUGGCAGCCUGCGCUUGGACCUCCAGAUCAAAUUAGAGUUGUCCCUCCAGGGUGGUUCUCGAUAUUUCAAGUAGUGUCUGCCUAUACGAAUACAGGCAUGUCGUUAUCGGAUGAGUCUAUGGUUCCCUUCCAGCAGGCAUAUCCAGUCAUCUUGGUUAUGGUCUUCUUGGUUUUGGCUGGAAAUACCGCUUUUGUAAGUCAUGGGCCGCCUGACAACGGGACAGACUGGUUCUUUUUCCUUGUGUUAGACAUAGGGAACCCAGCUAUCGAUUCGAUCCCCGUCGGCGUGCGAUUCAUCGAUGGAUUACUUCAGGCUGUUGCUGUACGAGCAGCAGGAUUUGCAACGGUCACACUCUCUGCCCUUGCGCCAGCUGUCAAAGUGCUCUACGUGAUCAUGAUGUAUAUCAGCGUCUAUCCUAUAGCCAUGAGUGUUCGGUCGACUAAUGUAUACGAGGAGAAAUCUCUGGGUAUCUAUCCAGAAGAGGAUGAUUCAGACGACGAAGAUGAUUUCACACCGUCUGGAGGAAGAAUCACCGUCUGGAGUCGUUAUCUAGCCAUGCACGCCAGGAAACAACUCGCGUUUGAUAUGUGGUGGCUUGGCCUUGCACUAUUUCUGGUUUGCAUCAUUGAACGUGGCCCGCUGAUGAACGUCAACAAUCAGGGCUGGUUUACUAUUUUUAACGUGGUCUUCGAAUUGGUCUCCGCCUACGGGACCGUUGGUCUAAGUUUAGGUCUCCCAUAUGCAAACUACUCCUUUUCCGGAGCAUUCACCCCAUUAUCCAAACUAAUCGUCUGUGCUGUCAUGCUUCGUGGUCGACAUCGCGGUCUCCCGGUUGCAAUCGAUCGGGCUGUCCUGCUUCCCAUCGAAUAUAGCCAAGGCGCAGAUGGCGAGGCACCAAGCUCCGCUGGGUUUGAUCGUCGGAGACCGAGUUUAGUCAGUGUACCGACUAUGGCGACUGGGCAUAACGUUGUAGCUUCUACCCACGAAAAAGCAGAAGAAACGACAGAUCACCGACGCCGUGCCUCUCGUUUGAUUUCUGGGAAUCAAGGAGGUGAAGAUGGUAGGCAAACAUGAUCUGCGCUUUCUACAAACUUUUUGUCUACUGUUUUACGAGUGUCUACGCUUUCCAUACCCUCAACCUCAGAUGUACCUAUUCGGUUGCUCUAGGUUCAGCCUCGCUCAUGGACUACAUCUACGAUCGGACGUUUGACAACUGAGUGCUAGUAAUGUCUGUAUGGGUUCCACAUUUUCUAAUACAUAUAGAUGUGUACAUGGGG